AUGCCUCCGGUUAAGAAAAUUUGUCGACAAUACAGUAGUGAUUAUUCAUCUUUUGAAUUUAUUCCCUCUCCUCAGAACUGUCUGUUACCAAUGUGCCUUCUUUGCCAUCAAACAUUGACCAACAAAGCAAUGAACCCUUCACGCUUGAAGUAUCACUUUGAUGCAAAGCAUUCUGACAAGAAGGACAAGCCGUUAUCACACUUUUUGCAACUGAACUCCUCUUUCAAAAAGCAAACACAAACAUUCAACACACUACUCCAGAAAACUAGUAAACAGGAGAAUGAUGAGUUGUUUGCAUCGUACAACAUUGCAUUGCCUGUUGCUAAGUCUGAGAAGUCUCACACAACUGGAAAAACAUUACUUUGCCUGGUUAUUAAAGAGGUUUUGUCAACUGUUAUGCAUGAAAAACCCGAUAACAUUAUGAAAAUCCCAAUUAGUAAUAACACGAUUUCUCGACACAUCAACGAAAUGGUCAACGAUGUCAAACAGCAGCUCAUUAAUAUUCUCCAGCGUUCUGAAUUUUCUAUACAAGUGGAUGAGUCAGCUGUUGUAGACAAUCAAUAUCAAUUGAUUGAUGAGGAUUUAACUACAUAUCGCAACUAUUUACAAUCAUUGCACAAUAACAUGGUGGAGCGAUUUCAAGAUGUUAUUGCGCUGAAUAUUCCAAACUCUUAUAGCAAUCCGUCUAAGGUCGAUGCAGUUGAUGCGAGGACAAUGUUCAGGAUGAAUGGAUAG